AUGCCCUACCGCAAGCAGAUUGUGGGGAAGUAUGAGUUAGGGAAGGUUCUUGCGUCCGGCUACUUUGACUGCCGGACGCGUCUCUGCACACACAUUGUGACGGGGGCGCAGUACGCUGUUCGCAUCUACAACAAGAGUGUGUUGGCUGAGGCUCAGUGGAUGUGGGACCGCACCCGUGGCGCCAUUCACGUCAUGCGCACGUUACCCAAACACGACAACAUCAUUGAGACCGUUGAGUGCUUUGAGACACAGACAUCGUUGUAUAUUCUCAUGCAACUGUUCGCGCCGAUGCAAAUAACAAGGCUGUACACCACAGAAACGGCCACCGGACAGCGGGUGCUGGUGCCGAUGCAGCAAACCAAGCACUACUACGCUCAGGUUGUUCGUGGACUACUUCAUAUGCAUAGCCACAAUGUUGUUCAUCUUGGACUCGCACCGGAUCACGUCAUGGUGAAUGAUCGAGACCAGGUAAAAAUAGGGUACCUUGUCUCCUGCACCUACUUCCCAAAAGGAAAAUUAUGUUAUGAUAUUCGAGGAACGACGCACACUGUGGCCCCGGAAGUGCUGCAGAAUGGGGGAUAUGAUCCCUACCUUGCCGAUGCGUGGUCCAUGGGGGUCUUGCUUUACUUCAUGCUUAAUCAAGGCCGAUAUCCGCACGAUGGGGCCAAUACAACAAAGAAUAUUAUGUAUAAUCGCAUCCGCCCACCUGAUCCCAACCUUCCCCCAGAGGCGAAGGACCUUCUUGCCCGACUACUGCAUCCUACACCAUCACGGCGCAUGCGUGUUCAGAAUAUCAUGUCUCAUCCUUUCUUUGCCACAAAUCAUGGUGACACGGACAUCGCAGAAGGGUGUUGUCCCGCGCGCACCGUGGGGACAUCACCGGAGACACGCUACUCGCCUGACCUUGCCACGGGUGAAAGCACGUUAAACAUCCGCAUUCCAUAUGGUCUUAGCCGACAAGAGGAGGCCGCUUAUAUUAUUCAGCACACGUAUCGUGCCUACCUCGCCCGCAAACGGCAACAACUUCUUGUAGAAAAAUCAGCUCUGGCAAAAGCCGCAGCAGAGAGAAACCGUAAAAUAGGUUGUCGGUCGUCUGUGCAGGGAAGCGUCUCAGGCCGGGUGCUGAGACAAUUUCAAAAACUGAAGGAUGAGCAGGAUCCUGUGACCUUGCGCGCAGAGAAGCGAGAAAGUCCGGGUUUAGUGGCCCCCCCUUCGCCCGAUAUACCACUGUUUGAUGACGCAAUUGUGGUAAUUGCAUCGGGAAGUGACACGUUGCGCGAGGACGAUGAAUCUCUGGCACUUCUCAGUGAGGGUCCAGAGGCGGCCUUGACGUCAGUCACCCCAUCGACGUUGGAGCAGGCGGGAAAAACGUCAUACGAGGCUUUUGGCACGCGCCCCCGUAAAAGCGCUUUGGGCGGCGGUGGCGCAUCUCUCAGAAGAGGGGGCAUUGGACGCCCCAUGAUGGCAUCACUCGUUCAAGAUAAAGACCUAAGUGCAGGUGUGGAUGAAAAGAACUUGGAAACAUUUGCUGCCUUCGUGUCAAACGUUGAGGUUGAUCCGACCCGUCCAUGUCCAGUGUGCCAUCGACUGCCGAUGCAGCGGCUCUGUGGACGUGCGCCGUACUUAAAUACGCCGUUUGUGUACAAACAAGGGGAAUUUAUUCGGCGGGUUGAGGAUGAUUGA